AUGCUUAGAAAAUUAGUCUUUAGAUUUUCUCAAGAUAUUGAGAAAGUAAUGGCUGAUAAACUCACUUAAGUUCUAAAAGCUACUAAAGUAGAAGUUAUUGACACAUCUGGAGGAUGUAUUAAUUUUUAUUAAAAUUAUCUAGGUGGAUCAAUGUAUAGAUUGGAAAUUGAAUCACCUGAAUUUUAAGGUAAAUCAAAAGUGAAAUAACAUCAAAUGGUUGUUGAAGCAUUAAAAAAUGAAUUGGCAAGUGCUCAUGGAUAUUCAAUAAAAACAAACAUCCCUAAGUGA